AUAAAAGACGGCGCCGUUACACGUACACAGAGAUCUUAGUCUUUCUCUGCUGUGUUGUUUGCACACGUUAACAGCUGCAGUUACUCUAAGCAUUUUGGAAUAAGUCACUGGAAACAAAAAGGAUAGUUGCGACGGUAAGUGGAGAAGGAAAAAAUUGUCAUCGUUUUGCAUAAGAACGGUUAUAUAAUGACCUUAUCAUGAAUUUUACUUUAAAAAAUCCGGAAGAAAAUGGUCUUAAUAACGCAAGGCGUAUGAGAAUUCAACGAAAAAUCAACACACCAUUUCUUAACAUUUUAAGACCUUUAGGAACCGCCUUCCCCCUCCGAACAUCAAAUGAUUUCAAUCUCGCAGUGGCUGAAGUUCCGUUCGAAGAACUGCCAAAAAAAUCCAUUUUCAGUUAAUUUUGUAUCUAAGAUAAACAAACAAUCGAACUGAGGAAGCUGCCAUCAAACAAGCGGUGAUUUUAUGAGUCAGAAACGCUUGUCAUGGGUCGCCUCACGUACUGCGUGGGCGAAAUGGCGUACGUGGGUGGAUUACACGACGUAUAGCAGUUCUAACUAAGCAGGUCUUUUUCUUGCAGAAAGAAGAAUGAUUCUAAAAAACGAAGCACAGACAAAAACAAUCCAACAAACAGGGGAGAUUGCGCAGUUUUUACAGGUAAAAAAAGCCGAUUUGUCUGUCAUAAGCCGGGUAUUAGCUUUGAUACAUGCCUUUGGUCAUCUUAGACGUUAAGUCUGUUCAUUGAAUGCCUUCACAACAUCACUUUACAAUUUGUAAUAUGCUGACCAUAUCAAUAUGUUUUUGUAUUGCUCAACAAAAAUGAACGCCACUAUAUUUGUACAUGUGUUCGUUCGUUUUUCUUUUUAGGCUGCAAAAAAUGUAUUAAGAAAACAUAGAGUAAAGUAAGACUCAGGGGAGAUAUUACGGUAGUGAAUGGCUAUAGUGAAGAAACUUUGAUCGGAUCCUUGAAACAAGCGAGUAGGAGGAUUUCGUAUCCCACCCUGGCUUGGGCAGCUUAAAAUAUAUCAGAUGAUAAUUUAUGAGAAGUAUUUCAUUUCAUUCUUAGGCCACUCCAAGACCAUGCAUAGCUCUGAAAAUUAAAGUUUUGAGGGCCAGGAAUGUCACGCAAGGGUGGUACGAUUGGAGUAAGUAGAACAGAUUUGAUUUUUUACUCUGUGUAACCAGGUACACAUUUGUUUUCCUUUAAAACCAAACAACGCCAACAUCUUCUUUGAAAACAGGCUUACAACUAGUCAAUACAGUCAACAUGAGAGCCACUUCGCUUCGAGGUAGUUAGUAGAUUUUUGGUGAUGAAGUUUUGGUAGCUGAGUCAGUUUAGACAACAGAAAGCUAUCUCUUACCGCCGGAUUUCAAUUUUCCACAUAAUUCUACCGCCGUUACAUUCAACUUAUAAACUCAAAAGCGUUCCUUGGCUCUCCCUUGUCAGUGAUCCCGUUCCUACCCUCCGAGGAGAGAUUUCUUAAUCUGGCAUAGUCGUUCGCAUGGCGUGUCAGUCGCGUAGUUCGUUUCAUUUCGUUUCGUUCCAUUUCGUUUCGCAAACUACAGUAAGCCGUAAACAAACCAAUUACGCGACUGACACACCAAAGAGAACGACUUUACAAAUGCUAAAAGCCAUGCCAGAAAGAAAUCUCUACUCGCCCACAGGGUAUCCCGUCUCAUCUGUUGUCGCCGGCUCAUUCUCCCUCGAGAGGUUUGGAAUAGAUUAAGAACGAGGCUGUUUAAAUCUAUUGAUUCGCCUCUCUUUUUUACGGUACUAAUGUAUGACGUUAUAUCAUCAUUCCUUGGUUAACCAAUUCCUACAUAUUCAAAACUCAAUUUUAUGUGCUUUUUCAGUCGACACCCCAGAUCCAUAUUUGAAGAUGCAGAUUCCUACAUCUGCUGAAAUUGUUAAAAGAACCAAAUGUGUGUCAAACAACAAGAAUCCUGAAUGGCACGAAGAACCUUUUGUAUUCCACAUUGAUCCUGAAGAAAACAACGUCUUAGGUUUGUUAAAAUAACCACUUACUAGCUCUAACUUUCCAUCAUACAAUAAUAACAUAUAAUAACGUAAAAGAAAGAAAAGACAAAGAAAAAUUCGCCGGACAAUCCAGUCUUGGAAUCAGACGUGAUGAGAAACGUUUUUUUUUUCUUGCCACACCCUUCUGUCGAAAAAAGUUCCAGUUCUUUCGAUCGUUAUCAGGAGAAGACUUGUCGAGCCAUUUUUCUUGUUUUGUUGUAGAAUUAACUUUGUGGGAUGAAGACUACAACGAUGAUGAUCAAAUUGGAGUAGCAGUUUGUUUGCCUUUGAAAAACUUGCAACUCGAUAAACCAGAGCACAGAACCCUUAAAUUUGGAGAGGUAAGUAAAACAACUCGACGCCCCUCUGCGGAGAAGGUUGAUAACUCAUAAGUAAAAUAAGAUUGAGAAAAUUCAAACUACGUGUGAUUUUCUUAAUUUACCCUCGAUCAAUAAUCGUAUUGCUCUGGUCAAGUGCUGUUAACAACCAAGCACUCGACCUCGUUGUCUAACCUAACUACUAAAUAAUCAUCCAGGAAAGUUUCCUUGGUACAUUUUGUACUACACACAGUGCGAAAUAAACGUUGUUGUUGUUGCUUAACCCAAAACUACCUACUUACAAAAUUAAUCUUUUUUGUAUAUGUUUUAGCAUUCAGAGGUAGACAUCAUCCUGGAAGCUUCUGACGUGUAAGUUUGGGACAUUUCUCACUAUUUUUUUGUGAAUGCAUUAAAAAUUUUCUUGCUUCCUUUGUUAUAUUAACUUUUAAAUAUUUAAUUUUCAGUCCUGAGAAGCAAUCAGACCUUCGGCACAGCUCGGAGCUCUGCGAUGAAGAGAAAGGAUUUCGGGAAAAGAGAAAAGCUACUGUUUUUGAAGCGAUGAAAAAGCUCCUAGGGGAACGUGGCCCUCAAAACAUGGACGAGGUAGGAGGAGUAUUUGAGCAAUUUAGUCUUUACCGAUCCGCCAAGAUUGUAGCUCGGUCUUCAGUCUCGUUGAACGAGUUCACAACCAGAGAAUUGCAGUUGAUGAUCUAUAUAAUACUCUCACAAAAAUCAGUUUAGCAAGCUUGCUUAUAUAUUUUUUCCCAGAAAGUUUUGAUCAGUACUGCACUAAUGAGGAGUGUGGUGGCGAAGGGGUUUUGUGAAAACUGCAGUGGUGUAAUUAGUGCGUUGUUUUGUUGUACUCAGGUUCCAACGAUCGCAGUUCUUGGAUCUGGGGGAGGUUACCGAGCUACCACAGGCUUCAGUGCUGCCUGCAGGGCCCUGGAAGAAUUGGGCUUUUUAGAUUGUGUGACGUACCUCACUGGGUUAUCUGGUUCUGCCUGGUAAGUGAUUCUCUUAGAGGCAUGCGCUCGUCAACCUCAUAGGUUCGCUGACCAGCCGAGAUAGAAAGUAUAAGAAAAAUAGAGAGAAAAUGGAGAGCAAAGCCAAGCUCAUCGCAAAAGAGUGUAUGCUAUUGGUAUCAAGUAUGGUCACAGGUAACCCAAGAAAGUUCGGUCGCAUAAGUACAGCACCUAACAGAAGACUUGAAAAGUUCGCUUAUGAAGAAAGUAAAAACUUCCAUAACAACUAAUGAAAAAAGGGACACAUCAGUUGGAUAGUAAAGCGACAAAAUGUCAUUAAGACAGAAAAAGUGAAUACUACAUCCUCAACCCUGCUGUACCUGCUAUAUGAUGGUCUUUCGCAUCCUUUCAUGCUACCGUAACUAAAGGAAUUUCUUUCAAUUCCUUAAGGGGACUUUCUCUAUUAUACUCGCAAACUGCCGGCGACAAAAUCGACCCUAAGGAGACCCAAAAGAACAUCAGGGAACAGCUUCAGUGGGGGCCUUUGUGGCUUCUUACCCCCAGGAGAGUGAUGCAUUAUGUGAAGGACAUCACUGAGAAAUGGAAGAAAGGACAGCCCGUAAGUCUGACGGACUUUUAUGGCCACUGCGUUGGAGAGAGCCUACUGGGCCCGGUGAGUCUUGCCUCAAAUUUCAGGGGCACCCAACGUCAAUUUUCGGAAAAUAUCUGUUCGGAAGACGAUUUGAGAUCUACAAUUUUCGGAACAUUUUUUGGUAAAAUUCUUGCUUGUUUACCUCUCCUAGGAUUUUCGAACGUCUAAAAAAUGGUAUAAUUGCCCAUUUUUAACGGAUUUUUACCCUAAAAAGGUCACCUAGAAUUUUCGGGAGUCUUUUUUCUGGCUAAAACUUUCGAAAAGGUAAGUUUUGAUCCCUAUAAUUUUCGGAUCACUAGACUUUCAGCUAGGAAAUCCGAACAAAUGAAAAAUUUUAAGGGGAUAAAACUAUGCCUAUAUCUACCGUUUAAAUACUAAAAUACGUUUAACAAGCUAUGUUUAAGUGGUUUUGAACUAUACUCUCGUUGGGUGCCCCUGAAAUUUCUGUAAAACCUCAAUCAGCUCUCGAGUUUCCACCAUAAGAAACAUGAGUAUUUAUAGGGCAUACUGAAACAUAAAGAACACGCGAAAAACAAGCAUGUUCUAAGGCUUUUAUUGCGAUAUCACGUUACUACUCGGUAAAGCUAACCGCCUUCUGCUAUACGAGGCCGUCUUUGUAACCCUUUAAAGCCGCCUUUGAUAGAAACCAGUUCAUGAUAUGAGCUUUUAACCCUUUCACUCUUAGAGGUGCGCAAAACUAGAAAAUUGAGCGAAGAAGCACGCAUUUCAUUUCGUAACUUAUGAAAUAAGCUAUACUUUUCAAACUUUCUAACCAAGUUUCAGUUCAUAGCAACACCCGAGGGUUUCUUCCACAGAUUCGAAAGCUAGACUAACAAAUAAUGUUGCCACAACUUGGUCUAGGGCUGAAGGGGUUAAAAGGAAAUAUUAAUAAUGUGAGGUUUUGUUCCACAGAAAAAGGACAAAGUAAAGUUAAGCCAACAACAGGAGAAAGUGGGUGAAGGCGCGGUUCCUAUGCCGAUAUACACCGCAAUCAACUCCAGGCGAGAUGUGUCAGCACAGUGGUUUGCAGGUAAAUUGUGUUUUACAGGAAAUGCGAGAUAUAUUUACCAAUAUACAUCAAACCAUAUUACGUUUGUUUAACAGUUUCUGCUUUAUUGUGCUUCAGAAUGGGUUGAAUUUACUCCUUAUGAGAUCGGUAUGGACAAAUAUGGCACAUUCAUGAAGACAGAAUUGUUUGGAAGCAAAUUCUUUUGCGGAAAACUUGUUGAGAAAUUUCCAGAAUUUCCGCUGUAUUACCUUCAAGGUUUGUUAUAAAUGUGUUCUUAAGGAACCUACAAAAAUCCUUUUACUUUCAGUUAUUUUCUUGCAACUAAUUUGACAUCCACUGGUCACUCUUUAAUUCAGGAAUCUGGGGUAGUUUUUACGCUAUACUGUUGCAGCGAGUCUUGAAAGAAGAAGGAAAGUUGAAGGCAAUAAAAGAAAGUGACGACGAACAGCAACUGUUAGGUAAAGUAAUAAACAUCAUUCCAGUUCAAAUGAGGAAAUGCCGGCCUACUCAGUGCAGAGAACACAUUGAAGUCACAGUUCUAGUAAACCUGAAAACAUUUUGAUGCCUUGGACCAGAAUUGAUCUAUCAUUCAUGCCCCUUGCUACUGGCAAGAUUCCCUACUAACCAACUGAGCCAAGCUCUAUUUACAAACUGUUAAUAGUAGUGUGAGAAAAAGAUUGCCCAAACUGUUUCUAACGGAAUUUCCUUACACAUAAUCUGCUCAAAAUAGCCACUAUGAGGCAUUUUGCGAUUAGAAGUUAUCUCUAAUUAAUUUUCCCUUCUUUUCUUUUUCAGAAAAACAGUUUCUCCCAAAAGACAACGACCAAACGGACAAUUAUGUUGACGAUGACGAUGACGUCAUAGAGCUCCAAAAAACGAAAAAGAAAGAAGACGUGGAAAGUGUUCUCAUGGAGAAACUUACAACUGCUAUGACAACGGAUGAAGAGACGCAGCUGGAUGGUAAAGCAACAAAAAAUCAGAAAUCAGAGAAAAAGGAAUUUCGCAAGAAAGUCCUGGACUAUGUGCUGGAAAAGCUGCCAGGCCUGGAGAGUCGAUCGAAGAGAGCUGGGCUGGUUCAUAAUUUUCUUCGAGGCCUGAGACUCAGUUCACCACAAGGUAUUUGUCCUUAUCCAUGAUCCUUCAUAAAAUAUCCAGCCCUUACUAUAUUCCCCUUUCUGGUGUUCAUUAGGAGAUGCCCUCUUAAUACAGUUCAUUUUACACGAAACGUGCGAGGAAACGCUUGGGAUUUACUGACACCCGUGUGUGCGUAACACAUAUCACUGGCGCUUUUUACCAUAUAGAGGAUUCACUGACGCCUAACACAGGAUUCACUGGCGCUUGAUACAAGAUUCUCUGGCGCUUAAUACAGGAUUCACUGGCGCUUGAUACAAGAUUCUCUGGCGCUUAGUAAAAGAUUCUCUAGCGCUUGAUUCAGGAAUCCUGGCGCCUAAUACAGGAUUCCCUGGCGCUUGUAUGAGAUUCAGUCUCGCGCUUAAUACAUUAUUAAUUCACUGUCAUUUACUCGAGCAACUUACUAACUUAAAUUUCAAUUUCUUUGCAGUGACCACAGAUGGCACUCCUCCACAAUGCAGCGAAUGCUUGGAAGUAGACAAUACAAAAAGAAAGCGAAUGGAGCUUAUAGACGCGGGACUUAUGUUUAAUUCUCCCUACCCACCCCUCCUCCGAAAAGAGAGAACUGUUGAUGUUAUCUUGUCAUUUGACUUCAGCGCCCGCGAGGCGGACGAGGAAAGACCUUUUAAGGUAAAAUGGAACACGUGACGUCCUGAGACUUCUCUGUUUGUAACGACUAAACUCUGUAAAACUGGUUUAUUUAAUGUGAACACAACACGAGCUUCUCUUCUUUUAUAACAAGGGUAUUCGAAUAAGAACUAACAGAUUUCGACAAAAAUCUUGUUAAUUCGUGCGUCACUUCUAUUAAGUCAUUAAAGCAUUUUAUUUAGAGUGAAAUAAAAACACUUUUAUUUAGUAGAAGAGAAGCCAACAAAAAGUUUAGCAGGUUACGUUUAAUUUGAAAUUUUGUACUAAAUCACUGCGCAUUUGGUUCUUUUAUAGAACAUUAAAUUAGCUGAAGCAUGGGCCAAGAGAAAUGGUCUUCUUUUCCCGCCAAUUGAUGCGGACGAGCAGUUUGAUCGAGAGGGCUGGAAAGAGUGUUAUAUAUUCAAACAUCCGACCAACCCUGAAUGUCCCAUAGUGCUUCACUUUGUUCUGGUCAACAAGACCUACAGAGAUUACAUUCGACCAGGUGAGACCUUUACACGAUUACUCUUUCCGGUGUAAAUGUAUUGAAAAAGCCUCUCCAAAUGCGCCAAUCACAGACAGCUGUUGGAAGCCAACCAUUCAGAGCAUAGUAAGGCUAUCAGAGGACCUCAGCCGCAACUAAUGAAUACUAGUAGUAGGCAGUCGUUAUGUCGCGAUACAUCACAAGUGAAAAAAUGAAGAGAAAAACGAUAAUACUUCAUUAUUAUUGGACUUCAACACGAGAAAUGACUGUAACCUUUCUACGACAAUUCUGUAACGUUGUACAAAAUUAACCGUUAAGAAAUGUAUGGCGUCUAAACCUGAUCUUGCCUAAUUUCUUGACAGCAAAGUUUUCUAGCCUCGGUCACCCUUUUUUUGGAUCGGUCACGUAAUGUUAGUCGUCUCGGAUCGUACAGUAUCAAAUAAAAACCCUAUGGAACCCUUCAUUUUUACAUUCUUAAGUCAAAAUGUAGUAGGAAAAUGAUGUAAAGUACCUUAAUACCACAAAGCUCCACAACGUAGACGGGUAUGUUCUUUAGAACUAGUACGAACUUCUUGCUUAAAGUUUAUUUUCUCUUCCCUUUUUAAAGGAGUCCCAAGAUUGUCAAAAGACGAGAAGAAAGAUGGCAAUUUUCCCAUUUUCAAUGAUCCUGAUAAACGUUACAGCACAUUCAACUUAAAAUAUACUCAUGAGAUCUUCGAUCGGCUUAGUGGCUUAGUCGAGUUCAACACCGCUCUAAACGAACAGCUUAUCCGGGACACCAUAGCUGAGUGUGUACUAAGAAGAAGAGCACUUAACCAAUGAACAAAUAGCCCCUCCGACGUACCCGGAUGUGGAAGAAGAAACCGAAUAUUGAAGAAGUUUCUGCGUCAUAUUCAUAUGACGUUUUACAGUAAUCAAAGGAAAGAGAAAAAUGGACUCUAUUGCAAGCUAAUUAACGCGAAGAGAUUCGUAUGGAAUAGAUAGCUUAAGCAAAAUACAAUUGCCUCUUACACCACAGAGGAAUCCCGAUUUCUCAAAACUCUCGAUAAUUCAGACUAAUACCAACUUGCAUCCCUUCCCCCUUCCACCCUGUAAUUUUAUCCCCGAAUUUUCGAAUCAACUUCUUUUACUCGGGAGAUUGGAGGAAUCGCAAUUCAGCUGUAGUCAUUAUGAAAAUUUUUUAAACUAAUUUUUUACACCAAGCCCCCUACCACUCCAAACCUGUUAAAUGAGCAGAUCUUCAAGUUUGGUUAAAAAAAAAUUGAAAAGAGAAGAAAUCUCGAAGUGAAAAAAGAAAAAAGUAAACAUCAAAUAUAGCAGUAGCGGCUUGUUUCCCCUCAUUUCCUGCAUUGUAGUGAAGUUAACAAGAAAAUAUGUAUCUUUCCUCUGAAUUUCACUUGUUUUGUAAAGAUAGAAGUUAAUAUAUUUAUUCAUCAGAAAAUUAUAUAUGUACUUUGUAAAUAUUGAAAAUUAUCUGUUUAUUGCAAGAAAUCCAAUCAUGUAACACAUUUAAGUAAAAAGUAAAGUUGAAACAGAUGCUAUUAAAAGACCAGAUUAUUUUAUACCAGGUGAUACCUGUCGAAUCAAGUGGUGAUUUGUAUAAUUUAUUCUUUAAGGAACUCGUAUAAGAGGGAAUAUCAAAAAUGACAAAUAUGAAAAAUAUUAUAUGUAGGCACUUCCUAAAAGAACUGUGUUUCCAAAACGUAAAUUUGCCUAUAACAAUAUAAAUUGGACAACUUAUAAUACGCCCUGUCAAAAAUCUACAAACUUUUCUCAUAGUGUAAUAAUAUUAUUAC